CAGUGGAAAUGGAAGGGUCAAGCGAGACUGAUAUGUCAUGGUACGCGGCUGUCUUCAGCAUGUAACUUAGAAGGAAUGGAAUACUCUAGUUUCAUUGUACGAAGGGGAUCUUCAGUGAGCAAUGUGUUGCUGAUGCUAGCUGGAGAGCUCGUCUCCUCUUGUUUAUGCCGAGCGAUUCUAGCGCGAUCAUGCAGUAGUUUGUUCCGUGGAGAUUAUCGAACUACUUUCGCAUUUAACUUUGGCGCACGUUCAUGCGACACGUCAGAGCUAAAAGGCGUUAACAAGUUCCCUAGAGGAACCAGCAGUCUCAUCGGGUUUGACGCGCGGGUACACAGGCAAUUACAUUGCUUUCAUUUAUUAGCAAGUAAAUGACGGGAUAUUCCGGUACUGAAGAAGGGGCUACACGUAAAAGGAUCAGCGGUGGUAUUCUUGCCGUAGCA